GGCUGUGCUGGCAGGGGUUGUGCGCAGGCGCGGGGCGGUGUCUGGUGCGCAGGUAAUGUAAGGAUUUCAGCUAUAAGCAAGAGAGAAAGCAGGCAUGUCAGCUCUUUGUCCACCACCGUCUCCUGCAGUUGCUAAAACAGAAAUCUCCUUGAAUGGCGAGUCACCUUUACUAGCUGCCACUUUUGCUUACUGGGACAAUAUUCUUGGCCCCCGAGUGCGGCAUAUCUGGGCCCCAAAGACAGAACAGGUACUUCUCAGUGAUGGUGAAAUAACUUUCCUUGCAAACCACACCCUGAAUGGAGAAAUACUUCGGAAUGCAGAAAGCGGUGCAAUAGAUGUGAAGUUCUUCGUCUUGGCAGAAAAAAGGGUAAUCAUUGUGUCAUUAAUCUUUGAUGGAAACUGGAAUGGAGACAGAAGCACAUACGGACUAUCAAUUAUACUUCCACAAAGUGAACUUGGCUUCUACCUGCCACUUCACAGAGUGUGUGUGGAUAGGUUAACACAUAUUAUAAGGAAAGGAAGAAUAUGGAUGCAUAAGGAGAGGCAAGAACAUUUCCAGAAGAUUGUCUUGGAAGGCACAGAGAGAAUGGAGGAUCAGGGCCAGAGCAUCAUUCCAAUGCUGACAGGAGAAGUAAUUCCUGUAAUGGAACUCCUUUCAUCUAUGAAAUCACACAGUGUUCCAGAAGAAAUAGAUAUAAGUGACACAGUGCUAAAUGAUGAUGACAUCGGGGACAGUUGCCACGAAGGCUUUCUUCUCAAUGCAAUUAGUUCACACCUGCAGACCUGUGGUUGUUCUGUAGUUGUAGGAAGCAGCGCAGAAAAAGUUAAUAAGAUUGUGAGGACAUUAUGUCUGUUUCUUACACCGUCAGAGAGAAAGUGCUCCAGACUCUGUAGAAAUGAGUCUUCUUUCAAGUAUGAGUCAGGACUUUUUGUUCAAGGCUUGCUCAAAGAUGCAACAGGAAGCUUUGUGUUGCCCUUCCGUCAAGUAAUGUAUGCCCCAUAUCCUACUACACAUAUAGAUGUAGAUGUCAAUACAGUGAAGCAGAUGCCCCCGUGUCAUGAACACAUCUAUAACCAACGACGAUAUAUGAGAUCUGAGCUGACAGCAUUUUGGAGAGCUAAUUCAGAUGAAGAAAUGUCUCAAGAUUAUAUUAUCCACACAGAUGAGAGUUUCACACCUGAUUUAAAUGUCUUUCAAGAUAUCCUGCAUCGAGAUACGUUAGUAAAAGCCUUCCUGGAUCAGAUCUUCCAUCUGAAGCCUGGCUUAUCUCUAAGGAGUACUUUCCUUGCACAAUUUCUGCUAGUCCUUCACAGAAAAGCCUUGACUUUAAUAAAAUACAUUGAAGAUGACACACAAAGAGGAAAGAAGCCUUUUAGGUCUCUUCGUAGCUUAAAGGUAGAUCUUGACUUAACAGCAGAGGGCGAUCUUAACAUAAUAAUGGCUUUGGCUGAGAAGAUUAAACCAGGUCUACAUUCGUUUAUCUUUGGGAGGCCGUUCUACACUAGCGUACAAGAACGUGAUAUGCUCAUGACGUUUUAAAGUUCUCCACUGCCAACGUGCAAUAUUGCAGUCCUGCAUGAUGCGAGAAGACAUCUGUUAGUGUGACCACCACACGUACGACAAUCAUCGACUGGAUUGGGGAUGAAGCAUUAGGCAGAUACACUACAGUCUGCCUGGAGCAGGAGAGGGACAUCUUAGAGAGAAUAGACAAGCAUGAUUUUAAUGAAUCCAUUUCUUUAUGUGUUUUUUUAAACAGUAAAUGUUACCAGAGGUUCCUUUGCCAUAUGGGUUUAGUAGAUAAAUUCUAACAUAUGUACGAUAAAGGGAAGCAUUUUAAUUUUCUUUCCCCAGAGGCUUUCUUCAGGUGUGUGUCAGUUUUAUUCUGUUCUGCUGUGUCAGUAAUUAUAGUGUUUCUGCAGACACAGUGCAUACAUCCUCUCUGAUCACGGAGGCUGUGGAAUAGGGGCCUUAGAGGAAUUUCAGAGAGCUUUUUAAAGUGUUUGUUCUUAUGUAUGUGGUACAAUCUGAAAUAGGACUUCCCUAAUCUCCCUUUUUAACAUUACUGGCUCUUUCAUUCGGAGCAUUUAAAGGUGUUUGAGGUUUUUAAUAUACUGCAAAGUCCUGUUCUGUGUGCAGACUGUUGACUGUUAGCAUCUUAAACAACAGCACUCUGCACUGGGAACUGGGUCAUUAUUUAAGCGGCUUUGUGCAUGUAAUUGCUAACCGGGACACUGUGACACCUCCUGCAGUGGAGUGUCAGUAAUCCAGCAUAAUUGAGCUCUUUUAAAACACAAAACAGAAAAAGGUGUCAUUGGCAGUAGUUGUCAGUCUUUCUCUCUGUAAACUGCUGUUCUUUCCCUUGUCAGUUAGAAUAAAGUUCAUAUUAAAAUAUUAGACCCUCCCAAAGAACACCAAGAUGACAGCCAAAUUAACAGAGAAGACAGUGAUUUUUUUUUUGAUUUUUUUUUUUCUCCAGUGCCAUUAAUAUAUUUAGUAACCCUUAAUUCGCAGAUAAGCACAGCUAUGGACUAACGUUAUUAGCAUUUUACUACAUGAAUGCUAAUCAAUAAUCUUGCCAAUCUUCUUAGAUCAUCUUAACACAUCUCCAGCUUUGCUUUGCUUGAAAAUAAAUCCCUGUUUUCUGUUUGCAUGCCUCAAUCUCUCUUUCUCAGUAGCAGUUAGAGGGGUAUAUGUCAGGCUAAUCCAGACCCAUUGUAUUGGGUUUUGACACAUGGUUGGUGUGCGACGUUGAAAUCAGCGGUACACCUGUACACCUGUUUCUGCUCUGUUUGGACAAAUGCAGGAAUAUAUUUGUGUCAUGUUUUAGUGUAAACUCAUAACUCAGUAUUCAUUGUGAAAGACCUGCAUAUGUGUUUGAGAAGCCACAGCUGCUUUAUUGCUUAUAUUAUUUGUAACACUCCUUGGUGUUCAGGCUGCUGUUUUUAGUGUCACUUGCAUGCAGAGAUGCAAAGAAGGUAACAAAAGCUAGAUUCCUAACUUUUCCUGAAAUGCACAAUAUUCGGAUAUUAAAAGGAAUAUUGUCCUUCAUUUGGGUGUCGAUAAUUCCCUUACAUUUUCAGAAAGACAAAGAUUCACAAAUAUUUAGAGCUUAUGAAAGACACGGAAUUAAGCACCAGCUGCACACCACUUCUGUGAAUGAACAUCAUCAGCGUUACCUGGUUGAAUUAGUAAUGUUUUAUGGAGCUGUUUUGUUGCUGUGUAUGAAUAUAGGACUCUCAAUAAGCUCGGUGCUUUAUCAGACUUGUCAGAAUUACACUGAUACAUGUUACUUGUGCCAAGAUUGUGUUUGUGUUCCUACCAUUUUAUUUCCUUCUGUGUUUUUUAUCAAUUGAUCCGUUAGAAAAGAGCCUGAUUGUGCUGUUUUUACUCUCAUGUCUAAGAUUGUGAAAAAAAGGAUGUAAUAAACACUGCUGAAACUGCCAGUGUAGAAGUUGUGCUGAAGUCUAAAGAGCUUUAAAUGUGCUGCUGAAAUUAAUCACUUCAGUUUGAUAACACUGACUCUGCUAACAGCAAAGCUCUGUUUGUUUACAGAAGAUGUCACUUUUUGAAAUUACUAAAAGCUGGGAACUUUAUCUGUUGCUAUUUUUGUUGCACAACUGUCACAAGUGCAGAAUGUAUAGUGAAGUAAGUUAUUAAAUGCAUCUGCUUGUUGUGUUGUAAAUCUUGAUCAGGAAACAAAGUAUUUUAAUAAAAUUCAUGCACAAUUUUUGACUUCA